GGGAACUGAGAGCUGCUUUCUCUCACCACUCACUGUCCUCACUGCAGUCUUGCUGUCACAGAGCUGCUCCUGACAAAUGGCACCAAUGGUGCUGGCCCUCAUCCUGGGUGAGUGACAAUGCGGAUGUGGUGCCACGGGGGUUGGAGGCCCUGUGUGGGACCAGGACCGUGUCCCUUGCAGGUUGGUGGCUGGUGGCAAUUAGCAGAACACGGCAUUUGCCCAGACCCUCCCUGUCGCUGCACCCCAGCCAGGGGGUGUCCCUGGGGGACAAUGUCACCCUGCGCUGCCACUUGAGCCGGAUGGCUGCCUGGGUCUGGCUGUACCAGUAUGGAGGUAGGACACACAACAGGUACCAUGUGUCUGAGCCACUGGGGACAUCAGAAAAGAGCGAUCCCGUGGAGCUGGUGCUGACAGAUCGCAGGUACCCCCCACCUGACAUUUCUCUGAGCUUUGAGGGACACGAGAUGACAGCCAUCAAUAUCAGUAUCCACGUGGGGAGAGGGUCCAAUGUCACCAUCCAGUGCUGGAACUGGGAUUAUGGAUCCUCCUUCCUCCUGCACAAGGGUGGGCACUCAGCCCCUGUCCAGCGCCAGGACCCCUGUGGUGGAGGAAUGGCCACCUUCACCCUCUUUGGGGUGUCCCCAGCUGACACCGGCACCUACAGCUGCUCCUACCGCCCCUGGGGUCACCCCUUUGUGUCCUCACCCCUCGGGGACAGCAUGACACUUGAGGUGACAUCCCCACCUACACGUCCAGGUGCCAAUGGGGAAUCCCGUGGGAGCCUGGUUGUGGCAGUGGCAGGGGGCUGUGCCACUGCCCUCGCCUUCGGCCUCAUCCUCAUCAUCUUCUUCCUCCUGCCUGCCCGCAGACGUCGGAUACAGAGAACUGCCAGCUCUGGUGAGGAA